AUGGCUAGAACACGAGGUUUAGGUUGUGCUAUAGCUAGACUUAUAGGUAGAGAUAGACAUGAUGACCAUGAUGCAACUGAUGUUCCCGAGAGGCGUAGGCCUACUGCCUCAGCCCGUAGGCAACGGGUUUAUCAGAUGACUGCGGAUGCACUUGAUAUGGUUGAGGAUGUUGCUGACAUGAUUGAGGAUGUCCCUGAUCUGGCUGAGGAGGCACCUGAGAUGACUGCGGACGUACAGGGUGUUGAUGGUGCUGAGGGGUCAGAUGCUGAUGAUGCUGAGGGAUUCCCUGGUGGGCCACAUGACCCUUUUCAUGCUCUUUCUGCGGAGGAGGCGAUCUUUUUGUUGACCGAGUUGCUAGAGGUGUCUAUUAAGGAGGCUAGAGCCGAGACAACACGAUCACGUGGAGCAUAUGUACGACUGGGAUGGGUUCGAGACAUUUAUGAGAUGAGAUGUCAGGCCCGGAGGUGGAUUGUAGCAACUUGUGCUUAUCUGCUGCACCUGGUCGGUUGCACUCUUUUUGCUAAUAAGAGUGCAACAUAUGUUCAUGUGGUGCACCUAGACGCUUUUCGCGACCUGGGUCAGAGUGGUGGUUAUGCUUGGGGAGUUGCCACACUGGUUCAUAUGUAUGACCAGUUAGAUGAGGCUUCUAGGACCACCACACAACAGAUUGCUGGGUACCUGACUCUACUACAGUGCGUCACAGAUGAUGCAUACCAGGAGACGUCUCCAUGUGCCUCCCGAUGGCUGGCGUCGAAGGCGCAUAUGAAGGGAAUCAUAGGAGCACCGUACAGGGCACAUUGUGAUGCUUUGACCGUCACAGAUGUGUCCUGGUUGCCUUACACUGAGCAUCAGGGGGUUAGGGCCUUUGAGCUGAUUUCAUCAUUCCAGGGUCAGCUGAGAUGGGGUCCUAUGGUGGUCACAGCUCGACCGGAGAGGGUGGUACGACAGUUUGGUUAUAUUCAGAGCAUCCCUCCGCCGCCUGUAUCUGCGGAUUACAUGGAGUGGUUUUUCCGGAUAUCUCACCCAUUCAUGAUAUCGACCCAGGAUGAUUACGACGGCUAUGAGGCGAUUGCACAGAGGUUGGAGCGUGUGCUCAACCUUAGGAUGGUCACUACAGGCACAGAGUUAUAUGAUAUUAUGCAGGAUUGCCUAACGAUCGCCAGAGGGGGAGCCAGUGCUGAUGGAAGUGUCAGGGUUCGACAGAGACGGCGCACAGAGCAUUGA